UUUUGCUACAGACUCUCUGGAGAGCCCGGGAGCAGAACUCCGGAAGUCCCCCACAUCGAUGAAAGCUAAGCGAAGCCACCAAGCCUUCAGUAUGUCCACGUCGCUGCGUGUCAGCCCAUCCAUCCACGGCUACCACUUCGACACAGCCUCUCGGAAGAAAGCUGUGGGUAACAUCUUUGAAAACAUAGACCAAGAAUCACUCCAGAGGCUGUUCAAGAACUCUGGGGACAAAAAAGCAGAGGAGAGAGCUAAGAUCAUUUUUGCCAUCGAUCAGGAUUUGGAGGAGAAGACGCGAGCCUUGAUGGCCCUGAAGAAGAGGACGAAAGACAAGCUUUUCCAGUUCCUGAAACUGCGGAAAUAUUCCAUCAAAGUCCACUGAGCACAGAAAGCUGGAUAAGGUCAUUAUCCACACACAGACAUUUAAAGACCAAGUGAGUUUGCAAGACCCUAGCCGAGGCAGCAUUUCAUUGCCGACUGCAAGCUUCUCUUCCGUCAGGACUCGGACUCCAGAGAAGUCUGGAAAAGGACAGAACGACUUGGUCACAGAGACUCUGACCAAGGUCCAGCCCUAUGCUGUUCAGUGGAGAACAAAGUGCUUUCGACAAGGAUUUGAAACUCUCCCUGCGGGAAAGGACUGUGCUUAUGGAAGCGUUUAGACAGAUGUAGUGACAACUGAAGGUGACAGCGACUGGGCGAGACCCGCGGCUGGGGCCACUUUGUCAGGCCCAGGACUGAAUUUCAAACUGAACUUUUUUGUUUCUUUCUUUUUUAUUUUUUUUUUAACAAAACUGGGUAAAGGAAAGGAGGAGGGGGAGGAAGAAGAGUGAGAAUACCAUGCCUAAAUUGUUUACUGAUAUUUUUUAUUUGAAUGUUUGAAAUGUUACCAAGCCUCAAAGUUGUCUAGAGGUAUAGAUUUCCAGAGAUCAGUCAUUGAUUAUUUAUUUGCAUUUAUGUGACUGCCUGAAGUGCACACAUGGGUGCCCAGCACAAGUUCAGCAGCUCCAGAACACCGUAGGCCACGGUUUGUAGAGUUUUUAUACAUUUCAAACAGGUUGCACAAAAGUUAGAGUAAUAAGUCCUUCAGAGAUCCGAAGUACUGUGAAAAAAUUUUAUAAUGUAUUUUAUCUUCUGACUAAUGCAAAAAUAUAGUCUCAUUACAUUUCUUACAGCUAUUGCAGUAAGCAUUAGGAAGUAAAUAUGAAAUACUAAAUAGUUUAUAAAAAUGCUAUGGUUUCUAUAAUUUAUUAUACAUGGCAAGUGAUAUGCAACCAUAAUAAAUUAUUAUUAAUGUAGCUGCUCUUGGUCUGUGAUGCUUGGUUUCAAAGGAAAAUAUAAGCUGGUGAAUUUUUAUUGUUUAAACUUUUCAAAGAUUUGGAUAAAAGGUGCUUUAAAAUAAGAGUAGCAUAUCAAUUUUGGAAAGAAAUUCUUACAUUAAAUACAUAUGAAGUUUCUUU